CUCCCGUUACACCCGGGGGAAGGUGUUCCGAGACCGCUCCCAUCCUCACCCCGCCUCCCCGAUUCCCGGCUCCAGCCUCCGCCGGCCGAGCCCCACUAUGCCAGACAGUUUCGACACUUUGCAAAGACAAAGAGCCCCAGACCAGAGGGAGGAGGAAGAGGAGAGAGAGAAGGGAGAGGCGAUGUGAGCCAGAAAGGGGGCGAGUGUUCGGGACACUCCCAUCCCCCUUUUAUUCUUCUGGGAGUCCGCUCCUGCCCAAAGCCGGGUAACUCCAGCCUGUCUCCAGCCGCGCUGGUACCAGCUUCGGACUCUGCCUUCCUGGACUGGAAAUGCCAAGCAGGAAUUGGCAUCUCUAAGAGCUGUGGUGAGCAUCUCCCUGAGCUUUUUGGUCAGUGCAGUUCUGUUUGAGGACCAGCAGUGGACAGCGACUUAGCCCAGUGAGAUGAAGAAAUUGAUGCUCAGAGAGGUUAAGGAACUCCACUGAGGCCACCUUGCUGGGAACAUCAAGCAAGCCAGCUUUUUGUCCCAGAGAGAUGUUGCCGCAUGUGUCAUGAUUGGUUGCUGCGGAUACAACCCAGGUACAGAGCAGUCAGAGCUUUGCAUUAUUGGGUCCACUCAACAGGAUGUAUAAGAGUGCAAGAGGCCCACGGAGACCCCUCUGAACAGCAGAUGACAGACAACCCUCUGUGCCUUCAUCAAACCAGUCGCUUAACAGUCACUUCGCUAGUGACUUCCUGAGAAAGACAGAGCUCUAAUUACGCAUCGUGACAAACCACACCUUCUGGAGGAGGGAGGCAAAGACAAGAUACCUUCCUCUUACAUCGAGAACCUUCCUGCCAGGUCCUCACCCCCCAGGAGCCGGGACUGUCACAGAGAUUAACUACCCCUCAAGCCCUUUGGCUGGAAGAGGAAAUCACUAAGUUUGGUUAAAGCUUCGUCAGGAACUGUUAGCAACUCUUUGAGGAGUGUAGAAAGAGCAGGCUACUUGCUUUCUAAAAAGACGAGUUCUAUGCCUUCUGCGCCCCAGACGGGCAUUCCGCCUUCGUGUAUACUCCACGAUGUCUGGAACACAGGGGUGGCCAUCUCUCCAGCGGAAGUGAAGUCAGCUAUACCACUCCUGAGGGCUCUCUGGGAACCCCCACUAUCCCUUCUGAUCCAGCCUCUGUCUCUGGGAUUUUUCUUCUGUAGUUCACCUCCAUUCUGAGGGGUUUUCUGCAGCUGAUCGCAGGGGACUCCAUCAGGAAAACAAAGAUAGUGACCAUGAGGAAAAGGACGGUCAAAGUGCUCACCUUCCUCAUCCUCUUCAUCUCCCUCACCUCCUUCCUCCUGAACUACUCCCACACCAUGGUAGACGCCAGCUGGUUCCCCAAGCAAAUGGUCCUCGGGCUCUCGGAGAACCUCCGGAAGCUCAUCAAGUACCGGCCCUGCAGCUGCGCCCACUGCGUGAGCCAGCGCGGGGUAUCGCCGUGGUUCGAUGAGAGGUUCAACCAGACCAUGCAGCCGCUGCUGACGGCACGGAAUGGGCUCCUGCAGGAGGACACCUACAGAUGGUGGCUGAGGCUCCAGCGAGAGAAGCAGCCCAGUGACCUGAAUGAAACCAUCAAGGAGCUGUUCCGAGUGGUGCCUGGGGACGUGGACCCCGUGCUGGAGAAGAGGUCGGUGGGCUGCCGGCGCUGCGCUGUCGUGGGCAACUCAGGCAACCUAAAGGAGUCCCUCUACGGGCCCGAGAUAGACAGUCAUGACUUCGUGGUGAGGAUGAACAAGGCGCCCACGGUGGGGUUUGAGGCCGAUGUGGGGAGCAAGACCACCCACCAUCUCGUGUAUCCCGAGAGCUUCAGGGAACUCGGAGAGAACGUCAGCAUGGUCCUGGUCCCCUUCAAGACCACUGACCUGCAGUGGGUGGUCAGCGCCACGUCCACAGGCACCAUCUCGCACACCUAUGUGCCUGUGCCCCAGAAGAUCAGAGUGAGACAGGAUAAGAUACUCAUCUACCACCCGGCAUUUAUCAAGUACGUCUUUGACAACUGGCUGCAGGGCCACGGGCGGUACCCCUCCACCGGCAUCCUCUCGGUCAUCUUCUCCAUCCACGUCUGUGAUGAGGUAGACCUGUAUGGCUUCGGGGCAGACAGCAGAGGGAACUGGCACCACUACUGGGAGAACAACCCAUCGGCAGGGGCCUUUCGCAAGACGGGGGUGCACGACGCUGACUUCGAAUCCAACGUGACGGCCACCUUGGCUUCCAUCAACAAAAUCCGCAUCUUCAAGGGGAGAUGACGCUGCGCGGGGGUCCAGCAGACUCACCACAUUGCGCCUCUCCAGUUCCCACCCCAGCGUCUAGCGGAGCUUCGCGGCUGGCCGUGGGCAUGCACAGUUGCUGCGUGCAGCCUUGGCCGCUCAGCAAGGUCGCCAGGCUCUGCUGGGGCUGCAGAACACAUCUCGGUGGGAGAUGUGCUGGCCCGGGGCUGAGGCAGGGCCUUUCUCCAGAAUCAAACUCUCAAAUCAUUUCGACUUGGGGGGUUGGGACUCCCACACUGACAAAUAGGACUUCCCUGGGAAGAUGGGCAGAGACUCGCUGUGGCCGAGGGGUCCAAACCCGACUCAAACUCCUGUCCUCGCCGGGAAGUUUCUGAGUGACAAUUUAUUACCUCCAAGACAGAACCACACCGGGCCAUGCCGGCGCUGGGGGUCAGAGGCUGCCUUCUCUGCUGGAAGCCUGGCUUCUCCCUCAGUGUGAAAUCUGUCAUCUCUUUGUUCUCAAAGCUCCCAUUGGAUGGCCAGCGGAGGCCCCACCAACAGGUCUGCAUGGAAGCUUAGCUUCUUGUUUCGGAUUCCCACGGAUGCCUCUUCCAGACAGAUUUUCCUUGGAGCGAUGGAUCUGGGGGUUAUAGCUGGCCGAGUGCUCUCUGACUACUUCAUGUGCCUUUGAGUUUGGGGAGAGGUGCACACGUUGGCCCACAGCUCAGGAAGGGAGUCCUCCACCGGCUCCUGCUUACCCUACAGCUGAGAACAUCUUUCCUAGUUUCCUGAGCCAGAGUCUGAAUUCGAGCAAAACUUAGAUGGACUCAAUGUCUCCUAAAGGCACUGCAGCCAUAGGACGCCCACUCUCACUCUCACAGGCUAGGGUUGGGCCCCUGUAACCUUCCAGGGCCACACAGGGGCUUCCAACAGCCAGCGUCAUCCUCAAGGGCUGCACUUUGGGCCCAGUCCCCAUGACCAUCUUGGUGGGGUCCUGGGUUGGGGUGGGGGCGUGGAAGGCGCGCAGACUGGACUUACCUCAUCUUCUCCCCUCCAACUACUCUCUUUUUCCUCUUCAGCCAUCCUGAUUAUUUAUUGAUUUUUGUUUUAAUUCAACUGACAUCUUUCCGGGCCUGGUGUGUGAGGCUUGCUGUUGCUUUGUGAGGCAGCCAGGCAGUGAGGAGCCUUGGGGAGGUCCAUAGCAAUCAGACGGGGGAUGUGGGGGCUGUGGAACAUGGGGACUUGUGGUGGGGUUGUGGGAUGCUCUGCACCACCUCCCUUCCAGCCCCUUCCCUUCUUCUCCUUGGAGACUUGGGUUUGUUCUUGGGCCUGGGAGUCUCCAAAUGCAACAAAACCUCACUGGGGCUGGGAGGGGAGCAGAGGCCACAGGCAUACAAGGGCAGUGAUUCUGACUGUUGGCUCCAGUUCCUGACGGAACCAGAAAAACCACUUUUCCUAUUGAAAACAUUUCAUGCAAGGCUGCUGCUGCUUUGGGGAGGUGUCACCUUCCCAGUGGGAGGUGAAGGCUGCAGGCAUGAGGCCUGCUAUUCCAGCUCUGGGGCCUGUUCGCACUGGGAGAGAGGGAGGCCUCAGGGGCCAGGGAUGGCUGUACGACGUGCAGAACUGCAUGCCAAGUUUGGUCUUCGCCCUGAGUCUAUGCAUACAAACAUUUUUCUGGGGAGAGGUUCCAUAGCUUUGAUAAGAUUCUCAAAGAUUCAGAAUCUAGAACGUGUUUCAAAGGCAAAAUAACAACAAAAAUCCUACUUCAGUUUAAAAUUCUCCCAAACCGAAGAGUCUCUUGGCUGAUAAGGCUGGCAAGCAGCAGGAGUCCCUGUCCUGCCCCUCCCUCCUGGCAGGCUUGAGCUCAACAUGAGGAACUCAGCAGACAUCAAGCGGGUGGGCCCAGUGACCCCAGGAGCAAAGAAGAUGGAGGACACGGACUCAGACAGACAGCAGUGGAGACUCCUGAGCUUCCUUUUCUCAGUCACUAGGUGCACGCAGGGGUGGCAGGUUCAGGGUGCACUCCUCUGUGGGCUCCUCUAAGGAAGAACAAGCUCCCAGAGUGAAGCCGUGUCCCUGCAGGCUGGAUGCUGGCUGGGCCCAUUACCCGAUCUCAGUCCAGUCCCUCCCUCCCUCCCACGAGUAUGCUUAAGCUGUGAGAUGCUCUCCACCCCACUGAAUCCAUUUCUCCCAUUUCACAGGUGAGAAAAACAAGGCCCAGAGAGAGGAAGUGCCUUGCAAAGUGAGCCAGUUGCUACAGCAGAAGUCAGUUUGAGCAAGAGUAAGACAGUGCGGGCUCCAGGUUUAAAAUGUCCAGAGGUAGGCAUUCCCAACAGACUCCAUCCAACAUCUCGAAAAACUGUCACCAGGGUGUUGGUGUCUGACUGUCGCCCUGCCUCUCAGCACUGAGCACCAGCCCCAUGCUGCAGACCAGAUGCCCCCAACAAGCUCUGGUCUCCCUUCCCACACCUCCCUCCAGUGGAGGAGACUGCACCACUCCCCGUAGCCCAGCAGACAUCUGCAGUGUCUCCUUGGCGUAGCAGUCAGGACUUGAACCAGUGGAAGCCACCACUGUGGCCAGAAUUGAAUGCACGAGUGGCUUAAGCCAACCGGAGCCUUGUUCUAGUUGAAGGUGGGAAGACUCAAACAAGAUGGACCUCAGAGGGCACUGGGCGUGCUGUCAGCAGGCAAACAGGACGUGGUCACAUUCAUGGGGCCUGUGUAUCUGCCAUGCACAUUCAGGACGGGGGCUCCCUCAGGCCCCAAACCCCAGCCCAGGGCUCUGUCCACUGCAAGCAGAGAGCACCUUGAAAAGCAGCCCUGGGCUCCGAGCAACUAGCAUAAGAGUCCCAGCCUGUGGCUCACAACACUGAGCCUGAAACUGCAGGCAGGGCCAGAGAGGGUGGUUCAAGAGAUCCCAGCAACUCCAGGUCUUCAGAGUCCCCACCCCCAAUGAGCCAGGAAGCCGGUUACCCAGAGCCUGGGUCGCCUGCUUGUCCCCUGCCUCUACCCACCUGUUAGAAAAGAAAAGAGGGCCGAUUUCUGGCCUCUGGCCUUCUCAGAAGGCUCUGGGGAAAAGAAGCACGUUUUUCAGAGGAUGCCUUUUGAAAUGGCCUUUGCCAGGCAUCAUCCAGCUAAUACAUGGGAAGGCUUAGUGGGGGACUGGCAGGAGUGGAUGGGAGAAAAAA